AGAGUGCGUAAGAACAGCAACUAUACCGCUGCUGCAUGAUUCCAGCUGCCAGCAAGGCAGCUUUCAGCUUCAGAGCUUCAGUGUAUCGUGGCAACUCGUAGUGGUUACUGACGACUUUACAGUGUGACAAAUACAUAGUGCCGCGUAGAAACAAUUUAAUAGAAUGAUUUCGCGCGCUAUGAUUAAUUUUUUUUCUGGGGCAUUGCUAAUAAUUGCCCUUAUUCCGGACGCGACAUCUUAUAACAAAUAUGGGAGAACCUGUAAGGACAUUGGCUGCCGUAGUGAUGAAACAUGCGUAAUGGCUGAAGAUCCUUGUACCGGCUAUACAGAUAAAUGCGGACGAUAUCCGACCUGUCGGAGGACAAGUGAUGCAAGUUGUACUAGUAUGGUUUGUGGAGAGAAUGAAUACUGUAAGAGCGAAAAUGGUGCGCCAAGAUGUGUACGAAAGUCUACAGGAUUAGCAUUACCUGCGGGAAUAAAUAAUGUCUCACAUCGAUCGACAACACCAAGAGUGCCAUCGCCGCCGCCUAGAUCUUCAUCAUAUGGAGGAAGAUAUAACGGUUACUCUGGCUCCAGAAAUACCAUAGGUGAUGGUUCCAUUUUUAAUCGUUUAUUUGGCAACAACCGUCAUCCUCGACCGACCACCUCUGUCAGAAGCACUACGCAAACAAGUGGAAACAACUAUUACAAAACUCACACUCACAUGGAUAAUCAGGGGAACAGAAUUUGGACAUUUUCUGAGAAUGACGAAAUGAGGCCAAGAAUAGUUCCAAAACGGCAAAGUAGUUCUUCAACGACAACCGAGACACAUGGCUCCUCAGAUACUUCUAAAAAUUCAGAUGAUCAAUCGUAUCCUGCCAGAUCUUCUGGUUAUCCAACCAGUUCAGGAUAUCCUAGUAGUAGCAGUUAUCCAAAUUCCGGGUCUUCAAGAACUUCUGAUUCGUCAAAUCAACCGCGAUCUGAUUAUCCAUCCAGCGGAUCGUCCGGUUAUCCAACUAGUGGAUCAUCCGGUUAUCCGUCUAGUGGAUCGCCCAGUAUUCCAUCUAGAGGAUCAUCUGGUUAUCCGUCUAGCGGAUCAUCUGGAUAUCCAACCGAUGGAUCAUCGGGUUAUCCGUCCAGUGGAUCACCCGGUUAUCCGUCUAGAGGAUCAUCUGGUUAUCCAUCUAGCGGAUCAUCUGGAUAUCCAACCGGUGGAUCAUCGGGUUAUCCGUCCAGUGGAUCACUCAGUUAUCCGUCUAGAGGAUCAUCUGGUUAUCCAUCUAGCGGAUCAUCUGGAUAUCCAACCGGUGGAUCAUCGGGUUAUCCAUCUAGCGGAUUAUCUGGAUAUCCGUCCAGUCACUCUGGUUAUCCAUCCAGUGGAUCCUCUGGCUAUCCUUUGAGUGGCUCAUCCAGUUAUCCAUCUAAAGACAAUUCCGGUUAUCCAACAGGAUCUGCAUAUCCAAGCAGAAAUAGCGGUACUUCAGGAUAUCCAGAUAAUUCUAGGAAUUUGCCUGGCGAGGAGACUGUUAGACGAACCGGCGCUAACGCUGUAAAUGCUGGCUAUCCAAACAAUCAACGCACAUCCGUAUAUCCAGAAGGAUAUCGUGGUAACUAUCCGGGUCAAAAUACAGGAUAUCCGUACAAUAAUCAACGUCCUCCACAUUCUAAUCAAGGUUAUUCAAAUGGGUAUCCGCAAGGGGGAUAUUACCCUGAAGGACAUUAUCAAGGUCAAAAUUAUAUGACUACUACUAGGCGUCCUGGCAUUCGAGAUCAAUUGACGAAUUUUGCACGAAAUGUGGCAGAAAAAGUGCUGACACAAACGAUACUAGAUCGCGUAACAGGAAGACAUCAAUAAAAUAACAGUACCAGCAUUUUUUGUUCUCUAUAAAAUCUGCGUCAAAAUGUCUAAAAUGUAUAACACUUUCUAAAAUCUCUCUCUCUUUGUUUAAAGAAAUAUUGUUAUUAAUAUA